UUGACCUUUGUGAACAUCUCCGACGGUUUAUCACCCGUACUGCACCCAUAUCCCAGUUGGGAGGCUAACCAAUUACCAGCAAGAAAGGAUUCUGAAGACGAAACAAGAGCUUCAUCAAAACUCUUAGAAGACAACAGUACUAUCAUUUCCACCUUUCGGGUCAGAGCAGAUGAAUGUGAUCGCCUUUGGGUUAUGGAUACAGGUCUUGAAGAUAUCCUAGGCAAUCCGAUGCAGCAUGCAACUCCAUCUCUAGCAAUUUUUGAUUUAUUUUCGGAUAAGCUUAUCAGAAGACAUUACUUUCCUAAAUCACUACUGAAGGAAGAUUCUUUUUUUGCUAAUGUUAUCAUCGAUGCCGAUCGAGGAGACUGCAACAAUGCUUUUGCCUACGUACCGGAUUUGGGAGGAUAUCAAGUGAUAGUCUAUUCAUUCAACGAAGAUAAAUCGUGGCGCGUUAAACACAAUUUUUUCCACUUCGAUCCACUGUCUGGAGAUUACAACAUUGGCGGUGUUAACUUCCAGUGGACGGAUGGAGUAUUUGGAAUGGCGGUCGGAAAGCGUCUUCGUGAUGGAUCCAAGCCAAUCUACUUCCACGCUUUCUCUAGUACUAAGGAAUUCAUGGUCUCGAAUAAAAUUUUGCAAAAUGAAACCUACUCCCAAAGUCCGGAGUCUUACUACGACUACAAACUGAUGGGUGAUCGUGGACCAAACUCGCAGUCUUCAGCAGAGUUCUACGAUCCAGAAACAGGAAUAAUUUUCUACACUCAAGUAAAUAAAGAUGGAAUUGGCUGCUGGAAUACCGCCAGGCCCUUAACUCAGGACACGCAGGGAUUGGUUGAUUCGGAUAGUGAUGCACUUGUGUUCCCUAAUGAUCUGAAAGUCGACACAGAAGGCAACCUCUGGGUGUUAUCCGAUCGACUUCCAAUGUUUAUUUUUACGUCCUUGGAUCCUGUAGAGUACAAUUAUAGAAUCUUGACAGGUCCGAUAAGCGAUAUAAUUAAAGGUACGCCCUGUGUUUAAUAAAAAAUAAAUCAGUUCUUUCAAUCAGAAAUUUCA